AUGAAACGGUUUGGCAUGCUUUUACUUAUGAUCUUUGCUAGUCUUCUUCCUUCCGCUACUUUUGCACAAUACGGAUUCUGUACAGCUACGAAUGGUCGUCGUGGAGAAUGUAUUAGCACCAGCAAAUGCAAAACCAAUGGUGGGUCAUCGGAUCCUGCCAAUCUCUGUCCAGGUGACAAUUCUAUUCAAUGCUGCACCUAUCGUACUUGCACGAACAGUAAAGGUGUUGGCGGCACGUGUCAGCCGACUGCAACCUGUAGCGGAAGCUCUGAUCCAGCCAAUCUAUGUCCAGGCCCUAAUCAUGUUCAAUGCUGUACUAGUAACAGUGGCGGCAGCAGUAGUGGUAAUCUACCAGGUCUCGACGCAACUCAGUCCAAAUACGCUCGCAUCAUUGCCAAGACCGCUCGUGACUAUGGACUCCCGAUACGGGGCUGUGAGGUAGCCAUAGUCACUGCCAUUGUCGAAUCCAAUAUUCGUGUUUAUGCCAACUCAAAACUUCCUGAAUCCUAUAAAUACCCUCAUGAUGCCGUCGGAUCCGACCAUGACAGCGUAGGUAUCUUUCAACAGCGACCAAUAUAUUGGGGAAAAACAAUAUCGACAACAGUUGGACAUUUGUCGAUAGACAAUCUACUAGAAGCAGAAAAGGAAAAGAAUAAAUCUCGUCGAAGUUCAAUCAUUCAUGAAUUCUGUUUGAACACAUCCACACAUGGUUUACCGGGUAUUGCUCGCAGUGAAAGUUUACAUAAUUGUCUAUUUUGGUUGAUUUCAUUAUUAAUUUGUACUGGUCUUAUGCUCUAUCUUGUUAUAAAAGCAAUUUUAGCCUAUCUUGAAUAUCCAACACAAUUAGAUGUAAAUAUUGUUCCUGAAUGGCCACAAUAUUUUCCAGCAUUUAGUUUUUGUAAUAUGGGAGCAAUUCGUUUUGAUCAAUUUAUUGAACCUUUCAUAAAUUAUACAAAUACAUUGAAUUUGACAAAUACAAAUGAUACAACAACAUUGUCUGCACUUCAAGCUAUGUAUAUUUCAAGUUUUGUACAAUAUAAAUUGAAUAGAAAUGAAUCAAUGGAUCCAUUUUUUUAUCCAUUAUCUUCAAUGCUCCAGACAUGUUCUUACAAUGGUCAAAGUUGUUCAGCAUCAGAUUUCAUUUCAUUUACAACAUCAACCUAUGGACUCUGCUAUACAUUUAAUGCUAAAUUGAAAAAUGAUAGUGUUAAUCGUAUACGCUAUGCAAGUGAGAAUGGUGGUGAAGGAAGACUUGAAUUAGGUCUUUAUGUUCAUAGUAAUCAAUACGUGCCUUAUCUUGUAGAUGGUAUUGGUAUAGUAUGUCUCAUACAUGAUAAUAGAAAAGUUCCUAUUCUCGAAGCGUCCGGUUUAAAUUUAAUUCCUGGACGAAAACAUAAAUUAAGCUAUCAAAAGAAGACAAGUUACUUUUUAUCUGCACCAUAUACAACAUGUUCGGAUAAAGUUCCACUCUGGAUGAAAACUGUAUUGAACAAUUAUCCCAUAGCUGACUAUGAAUAUUCACAACUGCUUUGUCUUCGAACUGUCAUGCAAACUUUUACGUAUAAGCAAUGUGGUUGUGUUAAUCCUUAUAUGUGGGAAAUUCGAUCAAUUAUUUUGCCAGGUACAAACAAUAUUAUCGAAGCACCUCUUUGCAAUUUAACCGAUAAUUGUACUACUCAAGCUGCAGAUGCCUACAUGAUGGUACAAUCUGAUGAAAACAAUUCAGACUACUGUCCACAAGAAUGUUUAACAACAGAGUUUCUUUUAAAAAAAUCUUCACUAUUAACACCACUCGAAUGGCAAAUGUCUUACAUAAAAACACUUGUUGAAGAAUCUUCGAUACCAUUGCCAUCCGAUUGGUCAACUACAUGGCGUGAACAGAUUCAUAAGAAUUAUCUUGCUAUUAGCCUUGUACGCGAAACAAUUAACAUUGAAAAUAAUACACAAUCAGCACAGUUGAGUCUAGUUGAUGUUCUAUCAAAUAUUGGAGGUCAAACUGGUCUAUGGAUUGGAAUUAGUCUUCUCUCAAUUAUGGAACUUAUUGAAAUGAUUUAUCGACUUCUUCGAUAUGAAUAUCAAGUAAUUCGAUCAAAAAGAGAAAGAAACCAACAAAUUAUGACACAAUAA